AUGGGGUUUGUACCAAAACUUGAAGCUCGGUGCAAGUGCGGUUUUACUUCUUUGACAACUUCACUUAACUUGAAGUAAUUUCUACCUCUGCUCUGAAAAGAACUGCUUAGUGUUCUUCCUUUUAAAGGCAUAUUAGUAGUCUCCAAAUUGUGGCUAUCCACUCGAGGAAGAUUUCACAUUGGGUUGUUCUCAAAUGAUAGCGCCAGCUCCAGAUCUUCAACGAAAACAGCGUGGGAAAAUGUUCUGUUUGAGGUCACUUACAGCUUGAGCACAGCAAGGAACAGGUAAUGGAACAUGCUAAGAGUGGAGAGAGCGAUGCAUCAAGUGGUGAAGAGCCAAAUGCUAAAAGGCGUAGAAGGGACCCACAUACGCAUGCUAAGAGCGUCAUGGUUUUGUUGGAUAGUGAUGUCUAUGUCAGUAAGAACGAUCAAAAUGUAGUGUUGAUGCCAAACACCAUUGAAAUGGCUCAGCUCAAAAAGCCAGGGAAAGGACGGUUUGGUAAAAUGACCUUCACAUCAGACAUGACAGAAACGGAUGUCCUUCGUGCACUUUGUUCAAAAUUCCCUAUUUUAAGAACUAAAAGAAGACUUGGUUGUGCUUCAGCUGCUGAUAAUCGGACAAGACUGGAUUUUCAUGGUGGUAAACGAAUAUGGAAUGGAGCGCUCAUUAACAAACACACCAGGGGCAAUUCAGCUCUGUAUUUGUUUGCUGAGGAAAAUCGUGAAUCUGAAGAGUCACAAGGAUUACCAGUAGCUACAGUUUUAGCAGCAACCCAAAGACUUAAACAGAUAUCUUCAACUGCUGAUCAAAGGCAUUUAACUGGAAAGGGAGGUGCCUUGCAUUCUUCUGUCUCAAGUGCCAACUAUAGAAGGGAACCUGAAUUGUUUUGGAGAGGGAAGGAAGAUUCAAGAACGCAGGCAGAUUACACCAAAGGAGGCAUUUUGCAGCAAGGUCCGUCAAUGGUACAGAAAAGGCAGAAUGAUCCUGUUUUCCAGACAAUUGCUGACCCAGUUGUACAAGCAUCACUGAAGCCAGUUUCCAUGACAUGUAGUCAACAGGGGAAGUUAAUUGCUCAAACUACAGAGCAAGGAAGUUCUUUGCAGCAGGCUCCUCCAGCAGCAGCACACAAAAAUGUUCCUGCCAAGGAUUUUUUCCCACAAACAGCAUCUACAAAGAAGCCAUCAGUCAGUGAAAGAAAGAGAGAAAGUCACCCUCAUUGGCACCAAGAAUUUCCACUGCUUUUGGGUUUGUCUGAAGGGGAGACUACAGACACUGGAUUUGAUUCUAUGUUGGAAAAUGAGUCAAAUGUCCAGUCAAGAGAUAUUGUUCAUCGAAUAAGUCCCUGUAAAGGAUCCACAAAGGGUGGAGACGAGUUCUAUAUACUUUUGCGGGACAUUGUUCCUUUGGAAAUUGAUUCAUAUGUGGCUUGUUUUGAAAAUUGUGGAACAGUGGACUUAGAGCAAAGUGUGAACCCUUUUACCUUGAGUGGUAUUACUCCAAAAUCCCUGCAGGGUCCUGGUCCAGUAAACGUCACACUGAAGUCUUUAGAUGGAUCAUGGUGGGGUGGUGAAACUGUAUUUGAAUAUAUUGAUGACCUAUUCACAGAGGAAGAAUAUCUAAAUAAGGUAGUGACAGACGAGGACGUGCGGCGUAACCUGUUUGAUAGGAUGAAUAAAGAACUGAGUAGUAACAAACUAAGUGAUGGACAGACAUCAGAUUCUUCUGGUAAAACAGGGCCAGGAUCAUCAAGCUUAAAUCAGAGUGAACAUGCUUGGUCAGUUAAACUGUUACAGUCGCUGGUGUGCAAAGCUGCAGAAAUAGAUGGUUGGGAAUUUAUUCAAAUGAUCUUCAGCACGUCAGCUGGAAAAGUUGUCUUUAACAGUUACAGGAAUAGUGCUACAUUACCAGAAGAUGUUGCAAGAGCUAAUGGGCAUUUAGCCUUGGCUAAUUACCUACAGGAUGUAAAUAGCAGGUAAUAUUUCCAUCACUGCAGGUUUUAUGGACCUGAAGAGUAAUACUAGGCUGUCAUCUCUUAAUUAAAUGUUGUUGUUACCUGAGUUGUUUUAUCUCUUAGUUACUAUGCGUGUUGUGAUUGGUCAAUUUAGCAGGCCGUUUUCUACUGCACCACCCACUAAAAUUUACAGCUGUUUUUGUUACUAAAAUGUUUGAUGAUUUAUUGCCUUCUGUUCUUAACUUGUAUAGACUUUUAUAAACUUUAUUUUACUUUAAAUUGUGUUUUAAAAUGUGCCAACGAAUUAGCAACAAUUUUAGAUUGGCUUGUUUUGCUUUCGUUGUGCUACAGGAAUUUGAAGCCAUUCCAUGUGAAUAGAAAUCAUUUCUGAACCCAUCAGACACACAGUAGAGAUAAAAUAAAUAUCUUCCAACCUUGUCUUCUCCGUCCAUACUGU